CUCUUCCCCGUCGUCUACAGCGCCAUCUUUGUGCUGGGGGUCGUCGCCAACAGCUACGUGCUGUGGGUCUUCGCCCGCCUGUACCCCUCCAAGAAGUUCAACGAGAUCAAGAUCUUCAUGGUGAACCUCACCGUGGCCGACCUGCUCUUUCUGGUCACCCUGCCCCUGUGGGUCAUCUACUACUACAACCGGGGUGACUGGCUUCUCCCCAAGUUCCUGUGCAACCUGGCCGGCUGCUUCUUCUUCAUCAACACCUACUGCUCCGUGGCCUUCCUGGGCGUGAUCACCUUCAACCGCUUCCAGGCAGUCACUCGGCCCAUCAAGACCGCCCAGGCCACCACCCGCAAGCGUGGCAUCUACCUGUCCCUGGUCAUCUGGGUGGCCAUCGUGGCCGCCGCGUCCUAUUUCCUGGUGCUGGACUCCACCAACACGGUGCGUGGCAGGCCCGGCCCGGGCAACGUCACGCGUUGCUUCGAGCACUACGAGCAGGGCAGCAUGCCGGUCCUCAUCAUCCACAUCUUCAUCGUGCUCAGCUUCUUUGUGGUCUUCCUCGUCAUCCUCCUCUGCAACCUGGUGAUCAUCCGCACGCUGCUGGCACAGCCGGUGCAGCAGCCGCGCAACGCCGCGGUCAGGCGCCGGGCGCUGUGGAUGGUGUGCGCGGUGCUGGCCGUGUUCGUCAUCUGCUUUGUGCCGCACCACCUGGUGCAGCUGCCCUGGACGCUGGCCGAGCUGGGCUACCGGAGUGGCCGCUUCCACCAGGCCAUCAACGACGCGCACCAGGUCACGCUCUGCCUGCUCAGCGCCAACUGCGUCCUGGACCCCGUCAUCUACUGCUUCCUCACCAAGAAGUUCCGCAGGCACCUCACCGAGCGGCUCUACAGCAUGCGCAGCGGCCGCAAGUGUUCACGUGCCACCACCGACACCAGCCCGGGCACUGAGGUGGUGGUGCCGCUCCACCCUGUCCUCUGCGGCUCCCUCAAAAACUAGCCCUGCAGGGGGGCGCCAGGCCGAAGCCCUCUCCUGGACGUCACGACUGAGCUGGGGGCGAGGGUUCUGCUGUGGCCUGGGCACUCCCCGAGCACCCUCCCCACUGGGCCAGGGCCCGACCCCUGGAGAGCCUGGAACCCGCGGACAAAGCUGGGACCUAUACCUAUACCUGUCCCGAGCCCCUGGUCCAAUGGGGCUGGAGGGACUCAGGGCAGGUGCAGACCCGGGGUGGGCUUCCAGCUGUCCAGACCCGAGCGGGGCAGUGGCCUGGAGCUGUGGGCAGCCACUCCCCAGGGCGAAGGCAGAGGACGCCCGCCUGGCAGUGUCCUCACCAGCAUGGCAUGGCCGGUUGAGCAGUACUUCUAGGGAAGUGCUCAGGCAGCCUCUCCCCACCUGGGUGGGAGAAGAGAACCAGCUGCACCAUCAGCCAGCCCUGGCGCUUCCUGAGGCCACCGCCUUCACCUUCCUGUCUCCAUGGCGGGCUCUGUAGGGGAGGGCAGCCACCCAACUUGGGCAGAUAAAGGCCCCUCAAAGCAGUGAGGCCCCCGGCUGGGGCUGCUCAGUGUCAGAGGUUUCCUUGGGGCAGGCUCUCUGCCUGGAAGUCCCUGAGGCCUCUGGGUGGACAGAGCAGGUCAGGCUUCCCCAGGGCCAUGGGUCAACCUCCCUGGGGUCUCUGGCUGGCUGCCAUGACAACUGGUGAAUGCAGUCCGGUCAGCCUCCUGGCCUCGCCCCUGCGGUGUGGACCUGGCUGGGGCUCAGGGCUUGACAGGGGCUUCCCUGGUUUCCAGGACUUUGUGCGUUUUCUGUUUCUUGUCUCCUGGCUCGGGUUUUGCUAACGCCCCCUGCUGAGCCAGUAGCCUGCCAGGUCUGGGGUGGCCUGAGGGCCAGCAGGGAGCUGUCUCCUGCAGAGCUUCCUGCCUUCCAGGGCUGUGGCCCGCAGCAGGCCUCAGCAGACGCCUCCUUGGGCAGCUGUCUUUAGGACCUGCACCUGCUGAGAGCAGCGCCCUCACUGCUCUGAGGGGAGCGGGAAGGAUGGGCAGGUGGGAUGGGCUGUCAGCUCCGCAGGCCACUUAGGGGCGCCCAACCUUGGGGCUGUGAGUGUGAGUCCCUGUGUGCCUGCACCGACUGGGCGGGAGGGACCUGCCCAGGGGCCGAGGUGCAGAGCCCUGUGCUCAGGAGCUGGCGACUGGGCGGUGCUUGCGGG